UAGCAAUAUUGACUUCAAAUUCAUAUAGAAAUCACCAAGAAACAGAGAUGAGUAACAGAAAGAUUGGUGUAGCAAUGGAUUUCUCCGCAGGAAGCAAAAACGCACUCAAUUGGGCUCUCGAAAACAUCCUAAGAAAAGACGACACACUCUUCAUAAUUCAUAUCCACCAAUCCGAGGCCAACGAGUCCCGCAAUCAACUCUGGUCCUCCACUGGUUCACCUUUGAUACCUUUGGAUGAAAUAAGAGACAGUCAGAUUAUGCACAAUUAUGGUCUCAACUUUGAUCAUGAGGUUCUUGAAGUGCUUGAGAAGAGUAGCAAGCAAACAGAUAUUAAAGUGAUUUUGAAGAUCUAUUGGGGAGAUGCAAGAGAGAAGCUUUGUGAUGCAGUAACCGAGUUUGAUCUCAAUUGUUUGGUCAUGGGAAGCCGAGGCCUAGGCCAAAUUCAGCGAAUACUUCUAGGAAGCGUGACAAACCAUGUUACAACAAACGCAAACUGCCCGGUUCUCAUAGUGAAGGAACCGAUCAAAUAGACUUGUUUGAAGAUGAAAAACGGGUGUUAUGCUAUGCUUGUUUCAGUUAUGAAUAUUUGAAUUUGCUCAUGAAUAAGAUGCUUGUCUAUAAGUGUG